AUGACGUCUGAUAAAACUGGUUUGGCUUUUUCUGGUGGUGGCAUUCGGUCAGCGGCACUAUGCUCCGGGGUCCUGCGCAGACUGCUAAAGGAUAAAGCUAAAGUAGACUAUCUGAGCUGCGUGUCUGGGGGUGGUUACACAGGCACAUCCUUUUUGGAUUGGAAAUUCAGAAAAGAGAAGAAAACGAAGGACAGCGAAGAAUGGCAUGAAGAGUUCUUUGACAACAUGCGACAAAGAGCUGGUUAUUUUUGUAACUGGGAGAGGCCACGUCAAGGAGUCCUUGAUACGAUUAUGAUGUUCCUCCUCGUACUCACUGUCACCGUCAUUGAACCGAUUGUCAUAUAUGGAUCAUACGCAUUUCCACUUGCCUUCAUCAUCGAUUACCUCUUCGGAAAGUUACUUCGAGCUAAAGUGGAUUGUGAUCACGUUGCAUCAACCCCUUCUCCAAGUAACCCAAAUGCUACGGCGCAAGAAAUCCGGAAACACUGUAUUUCUCGUCAAAAAACCGUAGCUUUCUCUAUGAUUUUCCUGUUUUCAGUUCUGCUCGUGUUAUUAGUCAUCUUCUAUAUUCUGUCGCAAAAGUUAUCCAGGAGGAAGUCUAAAUAUUUCAGACUUUUCUCAUUAAUUUCCUUCUUACUUCUUUCUCUUACUUUCCUCCCAUUUGCAAUCCACGAUUUUUUCAUUGAAAUCCCCCUGUGGAGUCGGGCGAUCAUUGUAGUGAUUGGUGUGGUACUAUGGUUCGUCCUUCCUCUUUUGCGGUACAAAACGUCCUACGGCAUUCUAAUCUAUCUCUACUCUUACAUCAUCUACUGGAAAGUGUACGAAGCCAAGGUUGUUGGUGUUGUGUAUUCUGAUGGGCUGUUUAAUAGGCUGCUUUUUGCCUCUGGGUUUAUUAUGUGGUUUGUUCCCUACCUGGCACAAUCACGGAAAAGGCUCAGCCAUGUCUUCAACAGGUAAGACUCAAAAAAGUAAUCCGCAGAAGAGAAAGGUAAGGUCGGUACUGGAGCCAAGUGGCCCCCUCCCCCCCUCCAAGCCGGAGUUUAUCCCGGCUAUCUUAGCAUGACUAGGAGUACUACUACUCUCCCCAGGGAGAGAUGUUAGUCGAUCACAAGGUAAUCCCCAAGAAUUUCAUCAGGCUUCCCUGAAAAUUCGCUGCUACCAUUUCUAUUCCUGUGUGGAGAGAGGAACUGUGAUAGUUAAGUGUUUCGCCCAAGAACACACCACAUUGACCCAGCCAGAUCUCGAACCCAGACCUCUCGAUCUCUAGAAUUCGAAGUUCAGCUCACUAACAUUUAGGCUACAGCGUUUACCAUAUCCGCAGAAUGUUUACUAUGUAAUGAUUACCAACUUAAUCACUUUUAACUCUACCACUUUUCAGAUGGAGACUUCAGAAGGCAUUUUACUCUAAGGAAAGUUUAGCUACUAAGGAAUGUCUGGAAAUACUCCAUGACAUUUUCUGCCCUUUAUGGACAUGUCUGAAGAGAAAACAGAAGCAGUGGUCGUAUCAUAGAGAACAGAGAGCUAGCGUUGCUUUUUCGGAGAAUGACAUUGAUCCAGCAAACAAAAGAUCUUUGAACCUGGCGGAUCUCAGAGACCUAGAGCCUGAAUAUAUAUCAAACAUGACCAUCCACAGCUGGAAGAAAGAGGAAGAUUCUGACUCGGAUGAUAAUCUCCUGACAAUGUCGCCUACCACAAUAGAACGUUUAGAUCGAGAUCCAUCGACUGUCGAUCCAUUUAAGGAUAGGCUGAGGCCUCGAGAUAUAGAGUUGUCAGACGUCAUGGCGACGUCUGCAGCAGCGAUUUCCGGGUACGAUGAUAACCUCGAGGUACUCCGCCUUUCCACGAUUCUUGGACUCGAAAUGGGAGCCUCAAUGAUCAGCAACCUCGAGGCAAUUAAAAAAGAGGGAUGGCUCAUGAAGGUGAGAAGUUGUUAACCAGGGAUCAGAUAAAUUUCAUCUUACAAUAACUCCAACAGGACUGCUGUAGAGUUUUGGCCUUCUCAGGGAGUUUCUCUCUGAGAAUGAUAUUCGUUUGGCAAUACCAUGCUGAGUGUACCCCAAUGCAGUUGCGAUCAAUUGCUCUGACGGAACAGGAGGGGGGAGCUUCGGGGAAGGCAGGAUUUUAAGGGAAUCAUAGGGUUUUCAGGGGGGGAGAGAUCAUUCGUUACCAACAGAUUAUAAAGGACAAACAUUACGUGUCUUCCCAUAAAGCCUUAUGGGAAGAUCUGGUAAAUUUUAUUGUGACACCUCAAAAAUCUAUUCAACCACUCCCCCCAUCGCCCCCUCCCCUCACCCCUUCCCCCUGAUAAAUAAUGACCGAUCUCUAAGCAUAAUAUUUGCUCGGCAAGUACAUAUCGUGUUGAAACAGAGUAACAGUAAGGUGACUUUCUUGAUUCUGACAUUAAUUAAUGCUUUAGGCUUGCAUGUAUCUUUUUCUCUUUACAACAGCUCCUCCCAAUUCUCAUCAACAUUCUCCGUGGUCUUCCAUUGAUCGCUGUACCAGCCGUUUACUAUAGCAGAGGAGAUGUGUUGUCAAUUAAAGCAGGAGUGUUCACAUUCUUUGCAAUUCACCUCAUGUUGGCUUGCAUUGGAGCUCUCGCCGAUACAGGAGCUCCGAACCCAAACUUAUGGGAGAAGAUAGCCAGGUAAGGAUUGUAUAAAUCUUAGCACCUUACGAUGAUGUGGAUAGACCCAAACCUAAAUACUCAUUAAUGCCAAUCUGAACAAUGGGAAAUAUUCGGGAGAACUCGUGGUAAAUUGUUCAAUGCAACCAGCCUUAAGGGCAAGAAAAAUAAGCACCAAAAAAUUGGUUUUCCUAACUGAUUAGUUCAGAAGGUGGUCCAGAAUUUUGAGUAAAACUAAAGCAACUCUUGUGUUCCUUUGACACACCACUGGAAUCGCUAUAAAUGAUAAGUUGAAGAAACCAAAAACGUUCAUGCCUCAGUUAUGGCGACCAGAUUAAUCCUGAUCGGAAGUUAAUUGAAAUGAAAGCUUUCUAUAAUUAUAUAUAAUAUAUAUAAUCAUUGUGGUUACUUUGUAAAUCGUCAUACAACUUGAGCCCUCUCGAAUCACAGAGAGGGUUAAAAUUCUCAGCUUAUAGUUUGAAAACUUCAGAUUUAGAAUCUCUUUAUGGUGGCCCAUUUACAUUAUCAACUUAGUUGACAAAACCAAAUCAUCUUGUAAUACCUUCCACCUACGCAGCAUCACAGUUUCUUUAGAAACUUACCCCCUUUAAAAAAGUGAAUAUUAUGUUAUUUUACCAAGGUGGUUCAUCGUGCACGUGUCCUUUGUGAAGUUCGUGAGAGAAGGCCUUAACAUUGAAAACAUCGGACCCAUGCCUCCUCCCGUCAUGCUACUCAGCGAUGGAGGCCACGUGGAAAAUCUUGCUAUUUUGCCAUUGUUAAAGAAGAAACUCAAGAAAAUUAUUGUGGUGGAUGGCGGUUACUAUUUCAAUGAGAAGAAGUAUGGAAAAGACCUACUAAGAGCACUGAUGCUGGCUCGUAGAGACCUGAACUGUUCAUUUAUUGGCCAGGGCGGUCGUGACGUCAUUUCAGACCUGUUGGAGAAUUUCGUGAGGCUUCAGCAACCAGAUGAAAAAAAACCACGACAUUUCAGGUACCUUGAGUUGGCGCAAGAGAUAAUGAGUUCCCAUUUUUUCCACUGAUUUGGGAUAGCGAAUCUAUUCUUGGUUCUCGGAUCCAUGCUAAGGUUUAUGUCUCGCGCGAAGUUUGGACCGAGUUCACCAUGUGCAAUUAUCUUCAGCUUUGAAAGAGGUUCUACACGACACAAAAAUUACCACUGUAACAAAACUUCUUUAAUGGCAUAGAGUCAAUGAAAGCUAGAAGAUCUGAAAUUCAAACAAGUUUAUAAUCUCUCGAUUCAAAACAAUAAUUUUUUUAUCCUUUUUUUCUUCUUUUUGCUAGAUUUAAAGUUGAAUACUAUGAAAACGACCACAAAGUUGGUGAAGGCGAAAUUUUGUUCAUUCGGCCAAGAGAUCCGCGAAAAGGUGAAAAGAGCGAGUUCAAGACCUGGGAAGAAUUUGGUUUCCAUCUGGACGCACGUGACUGGGGGAAUAGUCCAUAUCUGAGCGAAGAAGACGUCGACAAGUUGACCUUCUGUUGUUGUGCAUGUUGUAACAAAAAGUCCCACCUAAGCGGUUUGUCUGAGCUCCUCUGCCACAAGUUCCCGAAUCAUAGUACAGCUAAUCAAUUCUUCACACCUUUAAUGUUCUCCGCCUAUCAUCGUGAAGGCUUCCGAGCAUGCGUUGAAGCGGAAGCUGCUGAAUUUCUCAAGGAUAACCACGAUGUCCUUGAAGUGUGA